AGUUUGCAUUGGAGUCUCAAGCAGUACGGAUGUAUGUCGAUGCGCGUUUCGAUUUUACAACUCUUCGACAAAACGAAAUGAUGAAGUUUAUUUGCAACAGUGUGUAAAGUGAUCGCGUGCUUUUUUCCCAGCUACACUAAAAUUGUUUGGUUUUCGUAAUCGAAGUGGUAGCAAUAUUCAAAACAAAUAUAAAGACUUGAGUGGUUUUGUGCACCUGAACAAACUCAACCGAAUGGUUGGUUGAGGUGAAAACCCAAGCGCACACCAAACAAGAAGCAAGAAAGCAACUAAACGAACUACAACACACACCUACAUUUUAUGCGGAUUGCAAUUGAAAGAAUGGACGGUUGAAAAAAAAAUAAUUACGAAAAAAGCGGUGAAAUAGUCUAACGAAUUCGAAAAGUGAAUGUGAAUUCAAGAAGUUGAAGCUGAAUAGUUGAACGUGCACUUAUGCCGACUGUGGAAUAAAAUGUGGAAAUUCGGUGGUGUCGAUUGUGUGUGAUCAUUUAAAAACGAUCGAAAAAAUUAUUCAAAAAUAUCAAACAGUGAAUGUGCGGUGUUGCGUCUAAUCAAAUUCACCGUAUGCCUCUCGCACAUUGCAUUGGCCACAGAGUGUAUGUGUAUGUGUGUUUUCAAUGAGUGAAUGCUGCCCUUUUUUUUCCUAAUGAACGUUCAAUUAAAUUACACUUUGCGAUUAACUAAAUGCGUCUAUCGUAUUCGAUUUUUUUACAUAAAUUACGAUUGAUCGCAAUCCGGUACAAAACUGCAGGAACUGUAGUAAAACAUUUGGCAUUAUCGCAAUUGAAUUAUAAAACCAAGCAAAUAGUGUACAUAAUAAUAUGAAAAAAGUGAAAUUAGAUUAUCGACAACACACUGGCAAUCAUCGAGGGAAACAGCGAUCACGUCCGAUUGCCGCAUUUCUCAAGACAAUGUUUAAAUUAGAAAAUGUUACGAUUUUAGUUUUAGUAGUGUUAGCACAUCAAAUCCAUGGAAUUUAUUCACAAGUAUGUGGUCAACCGUCCGUGCCGUUGAAUGCAAAAGUAAAAACAAGUGUUUCCGGUCAAUCGGGCAUAUCAGAAGCGCAUUACGAAUGCGAUUCGGGAUAUGAAUUAUUCGGUCCAAGCGUCACGAAAUGCGAUCCAAAGCGCGGAUGGGAAAAAGAUCUUCCAUUCUGUGGUACAAAUGUGGCAUACCGAAAGCCGGUAAAUCAGUCGUCUUCAACGAGAGCAGGACCGGCGGGCUUGGCCAACGAUGGGAAAUUGGGCAACGAAAAUCCCGAUGAACAAAAGUGCUCCGAGACACAGAAAGAGAUAUCGCCUUGGUGGCGUGUUGAUUUGUUGGCCCCACAAACGGUUCGCGUUGUGAGAAUUACCACACGAGGCUGUUGUGGCUUUCCACCGCUUCAAGAUUUGGAGAUUCGAGUCGGAAACAGCAGUUUUGAUCUGCAAAGGAAUCCACUAUGUGCAUGGUACCCAGGAACAGUUGAUGAAGGCACAUCGAAAACAUUUACAUGUGCACGACCUUUGGUCGGCCAAUUCGUUGCUAUUCAAUUAGUCGGCGUUGAAGGUAGCCUCAGUUUGUGCGAAGUCGAAGUAUUUUCGAAUGAUGAAUUCUCGCCGGAACGCUGUGCUGCUCCAAAUUUAAAUGCGGACACGGUUUUGCAAACAUUCGACCGUACUUGCUACGAGUUCCACGUCACACGCGGCGAGAGCUUUGACAAGGCACAACAAAUCUGUAAAUCGCACGGUGGAGAUUUGAUUCAUGAUUUCCGUGGAGCGACCAAAGACUAUAUUUUAUCGGAGCUGGAGAGACGUAAAACAGAGUUGCGCACGCAGCUAGUUUGGAUUGGUGCGCAAAAAGAGCCAGGCUAUACAUCACGUACUUGGAAAUGGGUCAACGGUGAUAUUGUAUUGAAGCCUGCAUGGGGCCGUGAUCAACCGAACAAUUACAACGGCGAACAAAAUUGCGUUGUCUUAGACGGCGGAAGAAAUUGGCUUUGGAACGACGUUGGCUGCAAUCUUGACUAUUUACACUUCAUUUGUCAACAUGAACCUUUGUCAUGCGGUUCACCUGAUUCACUGCAAAACACUACCGUCUCGGGUCGAAAUUUCACAAAUGGUGCCAAUAUAUCAUACUCGUGCCCGAUUGGUCACGCUCUCAUCGGCAAUGGAACGCGUAAAUGUGACAAUGGUGUUUGGAGUGGAAAAGCACCGACUUGUAAAUACAUUGACUGUGGAGAAUUGCCGGCACUUGAGCAUGGAGCGAUCAUUUUACCGGAACACAGAACAUCAUAUGGUGCUCAAGCAAUGUACACAUGCCACGAAAAUUACACUUUGAUUGGCAAUGAGAAUCGCACGUGUGGCAUCGACGGGUGGUCUGGUAAACAGCCGCAAUGUUUGGUCGACUGGUGCCCAGAUCCUGUGCAAAUCGCCGGCGGUCAAGUCGAAAUGAGUGGCAAACGAGCGGGAGCAACAGCAGUCUAUAAAUGCGAUCCAGGAUAUGUACUCAUUGGUGAUCCGAUCAUAACAUGUGGACUAGGAGGAGAAUGGAGCGGAAAAGCACCAAUUUGUCGAUAUGUCGACUGUGGCACUCCAGUUAGACCGGAUCGAGGUAGCAUUCAAUUGGUCAAUGGGACAACGACUGUUGGAUCGAUAGUUAAAUAUCAGUGUGAUGACGACUAUUGGCUGGUCGGCAACGGCGAAUUGCGCUGCACAAAAGACGGUAAAUGGAGUGAUGAUGCACCAGCUUGUGAAUUGAUUACUUGUGAAGCGCCAAAUCUACCACCGGGUUCAUAUGUCGUUGGCUAUGAUUAUAACAUUCACUCUACCAUCGAAUAUCACUGUGAUGCUGGCCACAAGUUACGUGGCGAGCCUCAAUUGAAGUGUACAGAAACUGGUGAAUGGAGUGGAGAGGCACCAGUUUGUGAAUAUAUCGACUGCGGCCCAGUACAACCAGUCCCAUACGGGUCGUUCAAAUACAUUCAAAAUACAACGUAUAUCGGAUCAGAGGUUGUGUACUCUUGCAUCAAUUCGCAUCGAUUGCAGGGCGUCGAAAAAAGACGUUGUUUGGAUGGAGCUGCGUGGAGUGAUGAAACACCAAGAUGUGAAGAAAUUCGAUGCUCUGAACCUGUCAUUGCAGCGCACAGCAUUCUGUCAGUCACUGGAAAUGACCGAAUGUACGGCAGAACUUUGAUUCGAACCGCUGAAAACAAUCCGAAAAAGAGCGUUCAAACCUACAAAAUCGGGGCUCUCGCAAAAUAUCGCUGUGAGCGUGGAUACAAAAUCAUUGGUGAACCAUUGGUCACUUGUGAAGAGAAUGGAGUGUGGAGUGGACAAGUUCCGGAAUGUAUUUAUGUCGAUUGCGAGCAACCUGGUGAAAUAAAGAAUGGAAAGGUGAUUUUAACUCAAAAUGCCACUUACUAUGGAUCAACCAUUCUGUACGAAUGUGACGAAAACUUCAAGUUGGAUGGGGUUUCACGUCGCCUGUGCUUGGAAAAUGGAACUUGGGGUCAUGAAGCUCCAUCUUGUGUGGAGAUCACUUGCGAUGAUCCAGACGUGGUUGAAAAUGUUGUAGUCAAUGCUGACAUUCGAACCGUUGGCUCAAUCGCGAAAUUCUCUUGUCCAAAAGGCCAUUAUUUGGUUGGCAAUGACACACGUACCUGUCUGAAGAAUGGUCGUUGGGCAGGCAAAUCGCCGAUUUGUAAGGCCGUUGACUGUGAUCGACCGAAUACAAUCGAAAAUGGUCGUAUCAUCGUUGUUAAUGACUCAACCAUCUAUGGAGGCUCCGUUGAAUAUCAUUGCAUACCGAACUUCCAGCGAAUCGGUCCAUAUCUUCGAAAAUGCAUGGACGAUGCCAAAUGGAGCGGUGAAGAGCCACGAUGUGAAUUGGCAGCCAGUGACUCCCAAGAUGGUUCCGGUCUUGGAACUGGUAUCGCAAUCGGAGUCGUUAUCAUUGUAAUCUUACUAAUUUUAAUCGCUUUGGUGGUUUUGCAUCGCAACAAAGCGCGACCGGUUAAAAAUACGGAAAAUGUCCAGGCUGCCGAACGGAAAGAAGAUCAAAAUGCUGCUGUGAUGUCUUAUUCAAGCCUAGAAACUAACCGACAAAAUUUGGAUAAUUUAUAUCAAAAUCAAGCUACGUUCAACACAUUUCAUCCGCCCCAUUUGAAUAACGCCAAUAAUCGAUCGACUGAAAAUAUCUAUGAUCAAAUACCAGCAGAGCCCUACUAUGAUGCUCCUUAUGAGAUGCAGACGAACGAAGAUGUUUACGAACCAGAACCUUUGCCACCGCCACCACCAUCGCAAACAACGGCCACGGUCACAAUAAACGGAAUGGCAAUACGAUAAAGCGAAUCCACUGCAACAACUAUGUCUGCCUCUCCUAAGUUCGAAUACAAUUUAGUGAAUUUUAACACUUUUUAGCGCACUCUAUGACAAUAAAUGUUUUAUGCCAACCAUUGCGAUAUGAUAAUUGUGAGAAAUGACUGUCUUUUUGUUAGUCGAUUACGUUAAGAAAGUAAUUUAAUCGUAGUGGAAAUAAACUGCAUAUCUAGUUAGUAAGCGAUUCAGUCAUUUUAAUUAAUGUAAAAUAGCAAAUGCUUCAAUUAUGCACCUACAUACAGGCCAAUUGUGCCCCGCUAGAAAGAAAAGAAACGUGUCGAUUUUAUUUAAAUUGUAUCCGAUGACAAAACAGUUGAAGAUCUUUUAUGAAUGUUUUAUCUUAAGAAUUUUAAACUAAUUAUUUUAUUUGUAAAUAAACAUAAACUCUCUUGGAAACAUGGAAA